UUUAUUAUUAGCUGGAUUGCUCAAAACACAGCUAUCUACGCACACAUUCUUCCUCUAGUUGUGAAAUAACAACCUCCAUGUGCAAUGAACUUUGAUUCAUCUUCCUUUUUUCCUAAUGGGUGGGAUCCCACAAGAAUUGUGAAUGAGCAGCGCUCUGCGAGUGGGGUCCGUGGAAGGAGAAUUAUCUGUUCUUGCUAACCUAGCUGAGUGAUCAUUGCGUCUGCUACACAGGAACCAUGCGGAAUCGCACACUGAUUAUAGGAUUUCUCUCUGGCUUGCUGGUGGCUCUUGUCCUGUUCCUUGGUCUGUUUUUCGGGUUACGUUCUCAGUCUGGUCCCAGUUCACACGUCUAUGCAAGAGCUGCUGUAGCUACAGAUGCUGGAAAGUGCUCAGAAAUUGGAAGGGAUAUCCUCAAGGAGAAAGGCUCAGCAGUAGAUGCAGCUAUAGCUUCACUUUUGUGUGUUGGACUUCUCAACGCUCACAGUAUGGGCAUUGGAGGUGGUAUGAUCUUCACUAUACAUGAUUCCAAAACAGGAAAGACAGAGGUUAUCAAUGCCAGAGAAGUGGCCCCAUUAAAUGCCACAGAAAAUAUGUUUGGGAAUAACAGCCAGUUGGCACAGAAAGGGGGACUGUCAAUAGCAGUUCCCGGAGAGAUCCGUGGGUACCAGGAAGCACAUAGACGGCAUGGAAGGUUACCAUGGAAAAGGCUGUUUGAACCUAGCAUUAAGCUGGCAAGAGAAGGCUUCCCUGUUGGAUUGGGACUUUUCCAAGGUCUAAAUUCAAGCAAGGCUGUUAUUGAGUCGGACAGAUCACUCUGUGAGGUGUUCUGUAAUGCCCAGGGCAAGGUGCUACAGCAAGGAGACAUUGUGAAGUUACCCAAACUUGCACAGACUCUGCAAAUCCUGGCAGAUGAAGGACCUGAUGCCUUCUACAAUGGUUCCCUUUCCAAGCAAGUGGUGAAAGACAUCCAAGAUGCAGGUGGAAUAAUCACAGAAGAAGAUCUGCAAAUGUAUAGUGUGGAGUUCUAUGAAAGUCCACUUCGUUUCCAACUAGGAGACUUUACUUUGCUUAGUCCUACCUCCCCACUGAGUGGACCUGUUCUCGGCCUCAUACUCAACAUUUUGAAAGGUUUUAAUUUUUCUAGUAAAAGCAUUGAGACAGACAGUGACCGUGGGCUAACCUAUCAUCGUAUUGUAGAGGCUUUCCGAUUUGCGUAUGCAAAGAGAACUUUAUUAGGUGAUCCCAACUUUGCCAAUGUUACUGAGGUGAUAAAGAACUUGACUUCUGAUUACUUUGCUUCUGGACUGAGAGAGAAGAUCACAGAUAACACCACUCACCCAUCAGAUUACUAUGAGCCAAUGUUCUACAUACCAGACAAUCACGGCACUGCACAUGCGUCGAUUGUAGAUGAGGAUGGCAACGCAGUCUCUGCUACCAGCACCAUCAACCUAUAUUUUGGGUCCAAGGUUCGUUCCAAUGUGACAGGAAUCAUAUAUAAUGAUGAGAUGGAUGAUUUCAGUUCUCCUUUCAUUACUAAUGGAUUUGGAGUUCCCCCAUCACCUGCAAAUUUCAUUAGACCAGGGAAGCGACCAGUCUCCUCCAUGUGUCCUUCCAUAAUUCUGGACAAAGACAACAAAGUGCAUAUGGUAGUUGGUGCAUCUGGAGGGACCAAAAUUACCACAGCAACUGCCCUGGUCAUAAUGAAUGCCCUCUGGUUUGGAUAUGAUGUAAAGAAAUCAGUGGAGGAGGCACGAGUGCAUAAUCAGCUCUUCCCCAAUGACACUACCCUGGAGAAUACUAUGCAUCCUGCUGUAGAAAAGGAGCUAUUGGCACGUCACCACAAUGUAGUGUACUCUGCAAGAUCAGGAUCAGUAGUCCAGGCUGUUCUACGGACUGGGAGUAAAUGGGCUGCAGCAUCUGAUACUCGGAAGGGAGGCUAUCCAGCAGGAUACUGACCAAGGACCUCUAAUGAACUACUGGCUAAGUCAUUGGUGUUCUUCAACACUCUACUCUACAUCAGUGGAUUUCUAAACCAUUUUACUACAACUUGGCUCAGGGACAAGAUUCCACUGACUGUUUAGAAAAUUUAGCAAAUCCCAGCUCCUGCUAAAGAGAUUCUUGCUCAAAAGAUAAUACUUGAAUAUGUUUAUGAAUGAUAAAGAGACAUUGAACAAGCUGGCCCCAAAUGCCAUGCCCUCAGUCUGUGCCUUUUAUGGACUUUUCACUAUUUGUCAAAAUGUAGGAAUUCUCUCUGAGUUUAUGCAAAAGGUGGUUAAAAAACAUUUCCAGUUCACCCAUCGGGAAGAUUUGUAUGAAACAUUGAAUCCAUUGUCUCCGUCCAUUAAAGUAAUAUAUAAUUUAAA